AUGGACUCCUCUCAUGGCAUCUCCCUUCAAGUCACGAUCUUCAUCAAGCCAGAAGACCUCCCGAAGUUCUGGGAAUCAUUUAUGCCCGUGUAUAACAAGGUCAUUGCCGAGCCAGAAUGUACCUUUUUCGAGGUCUACCAGUCCCCCGAAGAGCCUGGGACGCUGUCAUGGGUUGAGAACUGGACAGAGUCAACGGAAUGGUUGCUAAAGAACCAACUCACCAAGCCGUACUACGAGGAUUAUUUCGCUACAACGACUCCGAUGUUUAUCAAACCACGAGAGGUCAAGGUUCUCAACCGUGUUGGGCUUCAAUACACAAUGGGUAAAUAG